ACUCCUCAUAGGAAACCUAGUCAUUGUUCCCCCAAAGCUCUAUAAAUUUCCAAAUAACAUGUAGACAACAUUCACAACAUGACAACUCCCCCACUAUCUUUCACUUAAAAAUCUCCACCACCACUCCAUUCCUCUCAAAUUUAUCCAUCAUUCCACCCCCUCCUUUUCCCUCAACACAAUCCUACAAACACCAACAAAAGAGAAAAAAAAAAAAAAGGAAAGAAUCAAACUCCAUGGAACUCCACUUCCAACAACAACAACAGCAACAACAACAACAACAACAACAACAGCAACAGUACUACUUAGGCACAGCUGCUUCUAACAAGCCUAACAAUAAGCUCAAAGGGAAAAGCAGAAGCAGCAGCAAGUUUGUUGGUGUGAGGCAAAGGCCCUCAGGGAGAUGGGUAGCAGAGAUAAAGGACACAACACAGAAGAUAAGGAUGUGGCUGGGCACCUUCGAGACGGCCGAGGAGGCGGCGCGGGCCUACGACGAGGCUGCCUGCCUGCUCCGCGGUUCGAACACCCGGACCAACUUCGUCGCGCAUCCGUCGUCCCCCAACUCCCCGCUCGCCUCGCGAAUUCGCAGCCUACUCGAUCACAAGAAGCUCAAGAAGAGUAACACUUCUCCAAGCAAUUCCACCUCUAUCACAAAUACUAGUAUUAGCACUAGUAGCACUGCUGCUACAACAUGUUCAAGCACUGCUGCUACAAGUGAAACUAUGACAAAUGGAACAGUUAGUACUGGUGCAACUCCUUGUGGUGACAUGAAGCAUGAUACCCAAUUGAGCACUGAUCAUGAGGUGUUCAGGCCUUACUUCAUCAAUGGAAGUGAAGAUGCUCGUCUCGGUUCUGCGCACGCCGAUCAAUCCUGGGCAUUCGAAGCCGGGUUCGACCGCCUCGCCGUGUUCGACGGAUACGGUGAGUUGGCCAACCUGAUCAACCCGGAGGUCUCGGAGUUUGAGAGGAUGAGGGUGGAGAGGCAGAUCUCGGCUUCGCUGUACGCGAUGAACGGGGUUCAGGAGUACUUUGAGACGGUGCUCGAUCCCUGCGAUUUGCUGUGGGAUCUCCCUCCUCUUUGUCACUUGUUUUGCAGGUCCUGAUGCAUUAAGAAUUAAUCAAGAGUUCUCUUCUCCCUUUUCUUCUUUUUUUAAAAUUUUCUCUACUCUUUCUUU